GGACGGUUCUCUUGUUCCCAACGAAUUGUCGGAUAUUUGGUCCUAGACCAAAAAGACGUCGACAACGACAGGCGAGUUUUAUCUGUUUUAUCUGCAAAACUUAUAGUUCUUUGUAUACUCUCUUCUCACAGACUAGCUUAUUUAUACUUAUAUACAUUUAUUAAUAAUAGUUUCUACUUACAAAAGUUAUUAUAAAAUACGUCUUUGGUUAUUGAAUUUAUGUGUGUAAAACAAAGUUUUUGCUAUAAAGAAAUUGAUUUAAAUUUUGAGUUUCUGUAUAAAAUGCAUAUAGAACAACUGAUUUUUUGUCUACAAUUUCUCAAAACAUUUUUCUUAAUUAUACAAAAACAGUUAUUUAUAAUAAAUUAAUGUUUAAUUGAAAUUAAAACGUGAAAGUGUGAUACAUUUAUGAGAAUAUUGUGUGAAAAGGCAUUAGUACCAAAAAAAGACAUUAUAAACAACAUAAAUGCAAAUGGUAUAUGAGUAUACGAAUAACUAUUUCUUUUGUAAAACAUGACAGCGAAAAGUAUUUCCAUGAAAGAUUCAAUAGAAUCCACUAAAAAGAGGAAGUUCCCUACAAACUUGCUGAAAACUUAUCUACCGCAGUUAUUUUAAGCUAUUGCUUUAAUAAAAUCUGGACAUCCAGAAAUCACUGCCUGCAUUUUUAAAGGACAAACUUUUUAUAUCUAUUACCGAUUAGUUUUGUUUCACUUCAUAGAGCAAUUGUAAUAAAAGAAUUAAAAAUGGAAGAACGCGAUAACAUAAAUGCUGGGGAAUCAAAAAACGAAACACUUUCGGAAAAACCCAGCACUCCACGACCCAUAUCCCCAACAAAUAAAAACGCUUCAAACCCAACUGAAUCUAGUAGCACCACUACGCUCAAAGAAAAUGAUUCCGAUUCUGCCACACAAAACAUAACUAAUUGUACUAAAAUUGAGGAAGAAAAUGCAGCUUCUUCUACAGAAUAUCCCAGCACUAGCAGGAAUGGCUCUGUAGGAGCGUCAGUCGCUGGAUCAAGUGCUUCAUUAGUUAAAAGCUCGAUGAAUGGACCAAUCAUUAGUAACAGUUCUGCUAGUGGAAAUGCAUCUAAUUAUAGUGGCAGUAAAUCAUCUUGUAAUAAUACUGCAACAACAAGUAGCAUCAAAACUAAAGGCCCUAUACGGGUUGGCUUCUAUGAUAUUGAGCGAACUAUAGGAAAAGGCAAUUUUGCAGUAGUAAAACUUGCUCGUCAUCGAAUAACCAAAAAUGAGGUGGCUAUUAAGAUAAUUGACAAAUCGCAGCUAGACACAAGUAAUUUGCAAAAAGUAUAUAGAGAAGUAGAAAUUAUGAAGCGACUGGAUCACCCACACAUAAUAAAGUUAUAUCAGGUAAUGGAGACGAAAAACAUGAUUUAUAUCGUGUCGGAAUACGCUAGUCAAGGAGAAAUUUUUGAUUACAUAGCAAAAUGUGGUCGAAUGUCGGAACAUGCAGCUAGAUUUAAGUUUUGGCAAAUUUUGUCGGCAGUAGAAUAUUGUCAUAAUCGAGGCAUUGUGCAUCGAGAUCUCAAGGCGGAAAAUUUGCUUUUGGAUUCGAAUAUGAACAUUAAAAUAGCUGAUUUUGGGUUUUCUAAUAUGUAUAAAAUUGGUGAAUUAUUAUCUACGUGGUGUGGUUCACCUCCAUAUGCUGCUCCUGAAGUUUUUGAAGGCAAAAAAUAUACUGGACCAGAAAUCGAUAUAUGGUCGCUGGGAGUUGUGUUAUACGUGUUGGUGUGUGGUGCUCUUCCUUUCGAUGGUUCAACAUUGCAAUCAUUAAGAGAUCGUGUGCUGUCUGGCAGAUUUAGAAUUCCUUUUUUUAUGUCUUCAGAAUGUGAACAUCUUAUAAGGAAAAUGUUAGUUUUAGAACCUAAUCAUCGCUAUACAAUCGAGCAAAUAAAACGACACCGCUGGCUAAUGACGGAAGCAAUGGAUGUAUUGAGCCUUACGGACUACCCUGCACAAUUCGGUGGUACCUCAAAUGUAGAACCGAACGAAGAUAUUCUUCGGCUUAUGUCAGAAUAUGCUGGAAUAGAUCCACAGAAGACUAAAGAGAGUCUUAAGAAAAACUGUUAUGAUCACAUCGCAGCUAUCUAUUUGUUACUUCAAGACCGCGUAAGAAUAAGAUCAUCUUCCCAGGAAAACUCAAACUGUAAUCCAAAUUCAAAAAAUUCAAAACACUCACAUGGUAUUGCGUCAAUCGAAUCUCAACGCCGCCGCCCAAGUACUAUAGCAGAGCAAUCCAUACGAAAAUUGGCUCUAAGUGGAACUAGUUCCAACCUUGGUAGUAGUUUCUAUGCCAGGGAAACGCCAAUAUCUCCAAGACAUCAUCAAAAAUCACAACAACAACAAAACCACCAAUACGUUUUACCCGCAGAACGUUCUAAUUGUUCAGGGAGCAUACUUUUAAGUAAUACUAAUUCAUGCUAUAACGAUCACGGAAUCCCGUUGUUGCGAGAAGCGAUCAUCAGAGAUCAGGUUACACCUGUACCAAGUAGAAGUAAUAAUGUAAAACAAUUGCAAAGAGGUUCAUAUCUUUACAACAGCUCAAAUAACAACAAUUAUUGUCAUAGUAGCAGUAAUAAACUAUCGAAUAUUCCUACUACAUCAGCGUUUUUAGUUCGUGAACGAGAUUGUAAUUCUCCCUAUUUUGUGAGUUCAAAUCUUGGGUUGAGGGAAAGUAACACAUUCACUGGGCGAGAUCCGUUAACCAAUCGAACUCUAUGUAAUUUGGAUCAGCGAAUACUCAAGCAAAGUUCUGAUGAUUGUCGCCGAUUGCUACGCCAAGCUACUGCUAUAUCGGAUCCAUCUCGAAAUUUUGCGACACUAGAACCAGGUAGACAAUCUUCUUCCACGUCUGUUGGAUGUUCUGGACAGUCUAGGAGCUUAACUCUGUCAAAUAGUUUCGAUUCGAAAUCAAAUUUAUCGAAUAAUUUUCCAAUGGGAUUUCAAAUGUCAGCCGAAGCAACAAAGCUUUUUUACACACUUCAACAAAGUCCAUUACCGGAACCACGCCAAGGGGAAUCAUCCCGAUUUCUCUCACCACAAAUAUAUCAGCCCCACUUACAUGGAAACAAUGCUGAACAAAAACAUACCAUUAGAAACUGUGAUGUGGAAAGCUCGGGAAAGGAUAAGAAAAUCAAUUGUUGCGAUGUCUCUCGUAAUUACCCCCCAAGUGACUACCAUAACAAAGUUUCAUCGAAUUCAUAUCCCUCUCAUAGUCAAAUUAAUACAGCUGAAAGUUCUGGAAUAAAUAUGCAUCCCAAACAAAAUCAAAUAACACCUCAGUACAGCUCCAGUACAGAUGAAGGGUGCGACACGGAUCAGGGAUAUGACCUAAAAGAAAUGGAUGAAGCUCAUUCCACAGUUCCAAUGCCUUCUAUGCAGCGGUUAAACUCAUACGCAAGUAGCAGUUCCUCAAGCGGUGUGGUCACAAACUUUUAUUCCAAAAGUUUAAGCCAGAACCUUAGUUGCGGUUCUUCACGCAGCAAUUUUUCAACUUUGGAGAGCCUGGAUUUGAACUUAUCAAAUUGUAGCGAUUUAGCUGGAAGCUUGCCUUCUUGUGUAUCAAGUGCAAACACUUUGAAUGAAAAUGAUACUCCUACCGUAACCAGGUCUUCGUCUAUUCUUCCAAAUGUUUAUGUAUCUUUGUCUUCAAAGUCUCCUUGUUCCUUUUCUCAUCACAAUCAAUUAGCAGCUCAGCACCAGCAUGGAAUUAAGAGGUGCCGAGCAAUUUCGAGAUCGCCUGUAGAUUUUCGUGAAGGUCGACGUGCAAGUGACGGUCUAGUAGCCCAGGGCAUAAUGCAUUCUUAUUGUGAUUAUCCUGUGAAUUCUAUGGUUGCUUUCAAUAGCCAACGUCUUCAUGAAGCAUUUAAAACCAAGGGCGUACUUGAACUUCAUGUUUUACAAAAGGAAGCAGCCCAACUUAAGACGCAGUACCAAUCAAAUGUACCACCCGAUGAGUUAUCAGUUCGUCAAAUGCAACAUAGUCAAUUUCAGAUAAAUCCGAACAAAACUGCCACGGACGCAAGUCAACUUCAUCAUCACCAUCAUGCACCUCCGACAAAUCAGUGUGAGUAUUUUACUUCAUCAGUACAAAAUGCAGAGGCUGCAUCGUUUUUGAACUACGUAAAAGGUGAAGAAGCAGCAGUCCUACGAGCAGAGCGUGAAAUCUUACAAACGCCUGUUAUGAAUCAAAUGCAAAAACCACCCCUUCAGCAGCAAUUGAUGCAACACAGACUACUGCAACAAAAAAGACAUAUUUUUCAAAAGCAAGUGGCUCUAGAGGCAAACUUAUCAAGGAGACAAAUUUUACGUCAGCAAAGUUAUAAGAUAGCGCAACAAACGCAAAUUUUGCCACCACUUCCAUUAAGUGAUAUUGAGUCUGAAGAUUUACUUGCCUUUCAGGCAGUCGUGGAAGGAAAUCCGGAAUCUGGAUCUAAAACACCAGAUCCAUUGGCUAUUGCUUCACCAAAAAUAGUAAUAAAGACAUCACACAUACAGCAACUACCCCAAGAAGUUUGUGGUUUGUCUUCAUUAAAACACAGCAAUUCAAAACCUCCAACAGCAGCAGCCACUGCAUCAAUGGAAACUGCUGACUGUUGGAGUACGCUCCCAGGUUCUAUGCAAACGUGCCAGUUAACCGACCAGUUUCAAUCAAUUGAGAAUUGGAAUCCGAACCAUUCGCAAUUGUUUCAGAACUCAACAUCUAAUCUCUACGGACAAUCUUGGUCACACUUGAGUACCCCGACUCCCAAUAUGAUGAAACCACUUAGUGAGAGUCCCAUAUUAGAGUUGGCUGAGCAAAUGGAAUCAAUAUAAAAUCAUCGAGACAAAUUAUUUUACCAAAUUUUAAAUCUUAGAUUAAAAAAAUAUACCAACAACGUUAAUAGAAAUCUUGUUGUCAUUCAAAGAUAAAAAUGUUAAAAAUGUUUAAAGUUCUUAUUUGUAUUAAAAACACAAUUGACACAUAAUAUAGUAUAGUUACAUUAGAGAUAUAAAAUGUUGUAUAAGAAUGAUACAUAACAAUUAUUAAUUAAGAACAAACAAGUAAUUAAGAUUAAUUCAAAUCGUCAAGACUGUUAAAUUAUAGUCAAUUCAAUAAAUAACAUUUGUAACUAAUGUACUACCACCACGUAUUUAUAAUAUAAACAUACAUUUAUAAACAAUAUUUAUACAUACAUACAUACAUAAAAUACGAAAUUAAGUAACAAAAUAUAGGAAAAUAAUCUAAAUUUCGGCUUGGAUUAUAAUCGAUUAGCUUACGACUGUUAUUAAUAAAUAUAUUUAAAAAGAACAGAUGUCACUCAAUGGUUAAUAAACUAAUAACAAUUUCCAAUAAAGAUAUCACAACUUUGCAAAAAAAAA